AUGCCACGCAAAGAAUUCCUGCGAGAUCUCGCAGAUGCAGCGGUCCCUGGCCGAUUCCCCUGUACCUCCGAUAUCAGAACAGGGGAGUAUGAUGGAUCAAUUUCCUUCACAUUUGUAGCACCCGAGGCAAGCCUCACCCUUGAUCUCCAAGCUAUAGUUUCCGACUCUCACGAUUAUCCCAGGGACCAUGGCUUUUUGGUCUUCCCAUCGUCCGAGAACUGUCCAAAGACAGUCAGCUCCUCCCUCGAAAAUGCAGUGCCUUCAUUCACAGGCUUAACUAUCCAUGAAUUGUUGCGCAACAUUGAGAAAAUGAUCACCAACUCUAUGGUUGAUCCUGAUUCGACAUCCAGUUACCUAGAGGACCUAGGCUCUCGUGACUCCGACUCCGACGACUCGACUGCCGGUGAUACUGAGCCAGGCUGGGAGUCUGAUGAUGAAACCAGAAUAUUCACAUCUACUCAAAGUAAGACGAAGUUACGAGAGAAGAUUCGCCGUGACCUUCGUGUGGUCAAGAACGCGGGAUUCAAAGUGGGAUACCUGGGGUUAAAACAUGGCGAUAUUAUUGUGUCAGUGUCUUGCCGCAUUUCCAAGCUUGGCAUUUCCGAGGAAGCUAUGGAUUCUUGGGGCGUCGAACCGUCGGAGUAUUUGGUUUUGCUGAUCCGUUAUCGACCGACUUACCAUGAACUCCAAACAAUUAUCGAGAUAGCAAUUGAUUCGAAAAACCCACCGGUUCAGAUGAAUGUUGGCCUUUGCAGCUCAUACAAGCCAUCCUUAGAGCACGCUAUGGAAGUUAUACAGGAGUCACAGGAUCAACGGACGAAAGACGAGAGUAUGACUUCGGACAAAACAAUACGUGGUCAUCUUUUCAGGCCGCUGUUCAUUGGAAAAUCGCUCAAUUUACUUAUCAGAGAGCGCCUGCUUGGGAUCAUCAGUCUUCGACUAAAACAUGGGCUUUCAUGGACAGGGGCAGAACUUUUCUUCCAGACCAACCAAGGCAGGGAUUACAGCUCUGAGAACUUUUCCGAGGAGGACUAUCAGCCGGACAGCUGGGCCACGUCGACGCCAGAAAUCCUUUUGGCUGAUCAUAUGACCGAACUGGACCGCAAUAUCUCUAAUAUGUCUUUUCCUCUUCUUGCCAUGCAGUUUACCCUGCGGCAUUUUGUCAAGUGCACAGAAUUUUGCUUAGUUUGCCACUGCAAAACUGGUGAUGCCUUCGAAUCACUGAAGCCAUAUGUUUGCUCCAAUGAUUUAUGCCUCUACCAAUACAUGGCGCUGGGACUGGGUGCAAGCCUUGAGUAUGAGAUCCAGUCCCAGCCCUUUGUCGUUGACUUGCUAACCAGCCUGGCAUACGCGAGGGCUUCAGCGGGGCUUCUUGAAGACUUCCCAACUGGUCUUCGGCUACGCGUACCCGAGAAAUUACUUCCUAAAGAAAACUCAGAUUGUUCUACAAAUUAUAUCGGGCAAUUUGAUGCAACCGAUCUUGAAAUUCGGCUAGAUCAGCCGACUCCGGUCAAAGUCGGCGAUUGGAUUGUCCUCAUUAUGAAGACUCCAAAACCUGCAGAAUGGCACUGUCGUGUUGAACACAUUGGCGAGACGUUAAAUCAUAUUCGCAUCUCAUGUCCAAUUAGUAGAGGCCGUCGAGUGCAGCCAGGAGAGGUGCUAGGGGUGGAGCCCCAGCAAGUGAGAUUUGUUGUUUAUGACACCAAUCUAGACGAUUUGGCACCCACACAGAAACAGUGGAUGAUUUCUUGCCUAUUGGCCAUACUACCUAGUAUCGAGGAAAUGAAGACAUUCAUUGAGAGUGACAAAAGGGGCAAGCUUCUUUCAACCUGGAGAGACGUCAUAUCCCCUGCUGGAUUGGACCUUUUACGCUGGGUUGUCGCCUCAAAUCGAUCUUUCAUCAAGCAAGAUGUCGAUGAGCCUCGGCAUCAGAUAGAUGGAAUGGGCGACUACAUGCAAUUCAGACUUGUUCAAGGUGCUGUCGACAAAGAGCAGCGCUUUCUUCAAGCGGUCAACUCCACUUCUUUGGCCCAGAAUCCAAAGCAUCCUACUAUAUUCGCUUGGCAUGGCAGCGCUUUGCAUAAUUGGCACAGUAUUCUACGUGAGGGGUUGCAUUUCAAGCAAGUUGUCCAUGGCCGCUCCUGUGGUCAUGGUGUUUACAUGUCGAACCACUUCCAUACCUCAUUGUCAUACUGUGGUAGGAAUCUUCUUCCCACGUUUUCCACAUCUCCCGCGUUGUCCGCGAGUCGGCUGGAGCUCGCGACGGUGAUUUCUCUUAAUGAGGUCGUCAAUGCUCCCAAUCAGUUUGUGUGCCGUAGUCCCUACGUCGUGCAACACUUGGAUUGGAUCCAACCAAGGUACCUUUUCGUCAAGCUCUGUGACUUGAACGUACCUGGUAUGGCAAAGAAAACUGAUGGAUAUGCGCAUGGGAGUAAGUCAAAGAGCUCAAAAGCCCAGCCAUCAUCGUAUCAACAUGAUGAAAGCCUUUUAUACAAACAAGAUAAACGUUAUCCGGCUGUCGGUCCCAGCAACAAACAGAUCAAAAUUCCCAUCUCCGUAUUUAGCGGCCAAAGGGCAAACUUCCUUCAUGCCGCUAGUGAAACCGGGCUUGCAGACCUUGUGCCGUCACCCAAGAGACGCAAAUAUUCAAUUCAAGAUACUGAACAACACAACGACGACAACGACGACAAUGUCAGCGUUGAAACGACCACAGAGGAUCUCAGCAUUCUUUUAUCUGACGAUGAGAUGUGUGAAAGUCCCCCAGGUCCUAGCAUGCAAGAAGGAGCUGUCCCAGCAACAGACCUCAAGACUGAUUUCCGACCCGGAACCCUAGAGGAUACUUCUUUGCCUACACUCUCUCCACCCCAAUUUGCGACUACCUCAGCCACAAAAAUCCUACAGCAGCAUCUUCAGGCUACCAUAAAAACCCAGGAGCGAGUGCCACUCCAUGAGCUCGGAUGGUACGUCGACCCCAGCUUGAUUACAACAGUCUACCAAUGGAUUGCAGAGCUGCAUACGUUUGAUCCAUCCCUCCCACUAGCAAAAGACCUCAAAAAGACCAAACAAAAAAGCAUCGUCUUGGAGCUCCGCUUUCCCCGGCAAUUCCCUAUGGAUCCACCCCUUGUACGGGUCAUUCGCCCUCGUUUCCUCCAGUUCGCCGCUGGAGGCGGCGGCCACGUUACCGCCGGUGGAUCUAUGUGCAUGGAACUGCUGACACACUCGGGCUGGCUACCAACGACUUCAAUUGAGAGUUUGUUGUUGCAGGUUCGCAUGGCUAUUACCAGCACCGACCCAAGACCCGCGCGUCUGGAUAUCCAUAGCGCAAAAAUCGACUAUUCAGUAGGCGAAGCAGUAGACGCCUACAGAAGAGUUGCAUUGGCGCAUGGAUGGCAGAUCUCGAAGGAUAUUCAGCAACUUGCCUGGUAG